AUGUUGGUGUACGUUGACGAUAUCAUUGUCACGGGCAAUGACUCACGUUUAAUUCAACAAACUCUGGAUGCUUUGGCCUCAAGGUUUUCGAUCAAAGAUCCAGAAGACUUACAUUACUUCCUUGGUAUUGAAGCACGACGGACGUCUUCUGGUUUGCACUUAAAUCAGCAGAAAUACAUUUUGGACCUUCUUGCUCGUACCAACAUGCUCUCUGCCAAGCCUGUCAACACACCGAUGGCUGUCUCUCCGAAACUCUCCCUGCAUUCAGGCACCAAACUCACUGAUCCUUCUGAAUACAGGGCUACUCUUGGCAGUCUGCAGUACUUGGCUUUCACUAGGCCGGAUCUCUCCUAUGCGGUCAGUAAACUCUUUCAAUUUAUGCAUGCGCCUACAACUGAUCAUUGGCUCGCGGUGAAGAGACUUCUUCGGUAUUUAGCUGGUACACCAACUCAUGGAAUCUUUCUCAAGAAAGGUAACAACUCCACACUUCAUGCAUACUCUGAUGCAGAUUGGGGAGGUGAUUCUGACAAUUAUGGCUCUACAAAUGGCUACAUUAUCUAUCUUGGCUCACACCCCAUCUCUUGGUCCUCAAAGAAAUUAAAAGGAGUGGCGAUGUCAUCGACGGAGGCUGAGUACAGAUCAGUGGCGAAUACUGCUUCAGAGGUCAAAUGGCUAUGCUCCUUACUCAGUGAACUUGGCAUCCGCGUCAACUGGCCACUGGUUAUCUACUGUGAUAAUGUAGGUGCAACUUACCUUUGUGCCAAUCCUGUUUUUCACUCCCGCAUGAAGCAUAUUGCCAUUGAUUACCACUUCAUCCGGGAACUAGUUCAGUCUGGGUCUCUCCGUGUAGUUCACGUUUCUACACACGAUCAACUUGCUGAUGUCUUAACUAAGCCCUUGUCCAAAGCUGCAUUCAACAACUUCUCAUCCAAGAUUGGAGUCACCAAGGCUCCUCCAUCUUGA